GGAGAAGGGAGUGGAAAGGGAUGAAGGUGUGGGGCUGGAUUUUGGGAAAAUCCAGAGGAAGAACGGAGCUGGGGCUAAAAAUUUGCUCUUGUAGAAAUGGAGCUCAUUCUGAGCCCCAGCUCCAUUUUGGCCAUCUGAUAAAUUUUUCCUCCGGUCAAGUUCUGCUGAGUUAGUGGAAAGACCGGAGGAAGCAUUUAUCCUCAAAGGCCUGUCCCUCCUUCUUGGCCGAUAUCUUCCUCUGGUCUUCUUGACCUUAGCUCUGCUGUUCAUCUUGAGCUUGCAGUAUAUAUCGUCUUUGAGAUGUCUUCACCAAUUAAGAUAGCUUAAACUUGUUAUUCUUAUUAGUUUCCAUAUUGUUAUUUUGCUUUUAUAAAUUUGGAAGAAGACAAAGUAAUUACUUAAAAAUAUUAUGACCCAUUAAUUCAUAUAAACUAAUUUCUUUGCUAUUUUAGAUGUAUUAAAAACUAAAACAAUGGCUACGUUUAAACAUCUCGCUCAAAGACUGCUAACCAGCCUUCUUAUCGCGGGUGCAAAAUUUUGAGAUAUUUUUAAGAGCUAAAUUUAGAACACCCAAGUAUCUCUGCAAAUUACAGCAGGAACUUUCUUGAGUUGGGUAUACAUCUUUCCACAAUUGAAUACUCUUUCUUACUACUUCCAAUAUGUUUUGGUUAUCAAAAAUAUUCUAAAAAUAUCCAGCUAAUCCCGGAUUCUAACCCUGGGUACUGGUCGAAUGAUCUGUGCUAACUCGACCAGUACCAGGCGGUUCCCCUGGUAGGUAUAUAAGCCGGUUAGCUUAUAUGCCACAGUAGUCUGGUCCAGCUGCCAUAUUGAAGCUAUACCACUUGUAUAGUCUCUGUAUAAGGAAGCUGAUUGUGCAUCUUGGCAUACUCUUUCUGUACUGAAACCCAUUUAUAGACUUCAAUUUUAUGAUGUGGUGGUUUUUGGGAUUAAUUAGCUACUGGAUAAUAACGAUAAGAGAGUGUAAAGCUUUAGACCAAAUUUAUGUGCCGGCUUGUUAUGAUUGUUGAUUAAGGAUAUAAUAUUAGUGAUAAUAGCAUAAUGGCUCUUGCUGUGUCUAAUAAAAUGGGUAGUGUUUUUUACUCAUUUGGGUUUGAGAGGCUGAAUUUUAAUGAGAGACUAAAGUCCAUAAGAACCCUCAAAAUAAGAAUUAGGUAACAUAAAUUCUGAUUUCUUGAGCAAAAAAUCUAGAUAUACUCCCAAGAAAUUAACAAAAAGUUUAAAGAAGACUGCCUAAAUUUCUGAAAGUUUUAUUAAAAUUUCUGUAAAUGUAACACUUUGUACUGAAGCUGUUUAUAUCUUUCAGAAUACACAAAAGUUAGGGUUUAGAAAACAGAAUACUGGUCUAAAUAUAACAGAUUAAUAGUUGAAUUACGUGUAUUGCAAAUCUCAUCUUGGUGCCAUUUCACAAACGGUUGUUAUCAACCGUGUUUCUCACAAUAUACAUGCAAUUUUAUAAAAGAGAUGUGCGAUCUAGUGUAAAUCUUGCGGCUCGAGCUGCACUGGCUUCUUCCAACUUCCCGCACCAGAUGUACCAUAGCUCCACCUGCUAAAUAUGCUCCUUGAGUUUUAUGUUAACUAUUUCAGAGAGAUAUAAGAUUAAACAUGAUAGGAACGAGCUGGAAGAAAGACAAUCUGUUUUAAAGGACCAGAUCUGUGAGUAUAGUAUUGAAGAGUCUGCAGAAGGGAAUAAAUCAUCUUCGAUUGAAUUCUCAGUUCCUUCGAAAAUUCAUAAUUUAAAAAAUGCCCUGUUUACUAAGUAAACAACUAUGAUUGAAGUUAUGUGGGGAGAAGGAAACAAAGUGAUUUUGAGGUGAUAUUAGGAGUGUUCAGCGGGAAAUUUUAACCAAAAACUUUCAAAUUUGAAUGAUAU